AUGGGUGGGUGCAAGAAAAAGAAGUUGUUCGAAAAGAAAAUCUCAAACUUGAAAAGGCCACGAAAUCCACUCCAGAUUCAAAAGGUAUGUUUGGAAAUUUUAAGAUUUCAACCAGAGUCCAAUGGUUCUUGGUAUAUUCUUUUAAUAGUUAAUGUUGCUGUUUGUGUAACAUGUGUUGGAAUCAUCAUAAUUUCUAUAGUAAUUUAUGAUGCAUGCAAGCAGAGCAAGAAAUUAGAAAAAGAGAGCACUUCAAAGGAAUUGAGCAGAAGAAGCACUGACAAAAUAAGAGGUUUACAGCAAAAUAGAUCGCCUUAUUCCAAGACUCAUGGUCAGUUAAAGACAGUUGAAGUCAAACCUCUUUUUAAAAAGUCUACAAACCCUGCUGUUAACGAAGGGGUAGCUCGGCAUGACUCCAAAUCAUCAAGAUCUAAUUUACCAUUAAAAGCUCAAAGAAGAUCUACAGCAAAAGAAACUAGUCCACUGUGGAGAAAGGCUCGCCAAUUGCCAUCAAAAAAGUAUAAUGCAUCUCAAACAGAAACCCUCGCUCCAUCGAACACAUCAGAAGUAAAUGAGAUAACUCUAUCAGGAUAUACCACAGAGUUUGAAUCAUCACCAACUAGAACACAGAGUAAAUCUCAUGGAAGUCAGUCGGUAACACGUGAGGGUGGUAAACCUAGACAUUCUGAUACACAAAAAAGAUCAGCAAGACGAACACCAAGAGAACAGGGAAGGUCGACUACUGCAUUGCCAUCUGAUUCAGUCAGAACAGUCAGUGGAUCAAAUCUCUUAUUAUCAAAAUCCUUAACAGACCCUGGUUCAACGCCUAGAAAGACCCAACUCUCACCAAAGAAGACUGAUGAAUCACUUAUAAAAGAACUCAGUCCGUCAGUAUAUGCCAAUGGAAUUCAGGAGUCGGACGCAAGAAGCAGUGUAUCAGACAUAUCAGCAUCAAGAAAGAAAAGUACAUCAAAAGAUAGACAGGUAGAAAAAACGCUCAGAAAUGCAACAAAUAUGCAUGAAUCACCAACACAACAAACUUCAAAAAAAGUAAAGCCUGAAAAACUGUCAAAAUCACAAAAGUCAUGCGAUGGUAACGAUCAAUCAAAAGAUAUUUCUUCAUCAACUCAACCAACACACCCAGGUCAACCAACAUCACAUUCUCACACUCAACAACAAAAUUAUUCUUCGUCUGUUCCGCCACCGCCUCCAAUUCCAGAUUUUCAUACUCAGUCUCAAGAAGCCAAGCAACCUGGAUUAGAAUCUAAUUCAAAACGUCCCUUGGAUUUUAAUCAAAGUAUCAAGGCUGGUGUCAAAUUAAAACCAGUCACAGAACCUGAACCAGACACUUAUUUUGGCAGCCCUCCCGAUUUCCUUAAAAGUAUCCAAGCAGGAGUCAAAUUAAAACCAGCCACAGAACCUGGACCAGAAACUAUUUCUGACGGCCCUCCUGAUUUCCUUAAAAGUAUCCAAGCAGGAGUCAAAUUAAAACCAGCCACAGAACCUGGACCAGGAACUAUUUCUGACGGCCCUCCUGAUUUCCUUAAAAGUAUCCAAGCAGGAGUCAAAUUAAAACCUGGACCAGAAACUAUUUCUGACAGCCCUCCCGAUUUUCUUAAAAGUAUCCAAGCAGGAGUCAAAUUAAAACCAGCCACAGAACCUGGACCAGAAACUAUUUCUGACGGCCCUCCUGAUUUCCUUAAGAGUAUCCAAACAGGAGUCAAAUUAAAACCAGCCACAGAACCUGGACCAGAAACUAUUUCUGACGGCCCUCCCGAUUUCCUUAAGAGUAUCCAGGCAGGAGUCAAAUUAAAACCAGCCACAGAACCUGGACCAGGAACUAUUUCUGACAGCCCUCCAAAUUUCCUUAAAAGUAUCCAAACAGGAGUCAAAUUAAAAUCAGCCACAGAACCUGGACCAGGAACUAUUUCUGACGGCCCUCCCGAUUUCCUUAAGAGUAUCCAGGCAGGAGUCAAAUUAAAACCAGCCACAGAACCUGGACCAGAAACUAUUUCUGACGGCCCUCCCGAUUUCCUUAAGAGUAUCCAGGCAGGAGUCAAAUUAAAAUCAGUCACAGAACCUGGACCAGAAACCAUUUCUGACAGUCCUCCUAAUUUCCUUAAGAGUAUCCAGGCAGGAGUCAAUUUAAAACCAGUAGUGGUGUCUGAAUCAACAUCUAAAGGAGGUUCUGACAUUUUCCAAAGCAUCAAAGCGGGUCGCACCUUAAAACCUGUGGCUGACAGAUCCCUGAGAUCAAAACCUAUGGAUCAUGGAGAUCUCCUAUCUCAAGCUGUUUUAAAGCCAAAUCUUAAAAGCGUAAAGGAUCGGAAAAUACAACAACCAUCUGUACAGGAAGAAACUUUUUCCGAUAUCAUAAAGGGAUUUAAAUUCAGAAAAACCUCCAACAAAGUAUCCAAUUAA